UCGCGCUUGUGACUGUGUGCAAUACUUCUUGUGAUGCGAACAAACACAUUUUAUCCUGUAGAAUGUACAGUACUCUUUACAGUUCCGUUUCCCGAAAGUUAGCCUCUGUUGUGCAUUUCACAAAGCUUUGAAAAGGGGUUACGAUGUGUCUUCAGACUGUCAUCUGUGUGUUAUGGACAGGAUAUGUGUGUCAGGCUGCAGGAAGUCCAAACAUCAUCAUCAUGCUUAUGGAUGAUAUAGGAUGGGGGGAUUUGGGAGUAUUUGGGGAGCCCUCCAAGGAAACUCCACACUUGGAUCUGAUGGCUGCUCAGGGAAUGCUGUUCCCAAACUUCUACACCGCCAACCCUCUGUGUUCCCCAUCAAGAGCUGCUCUGCUAACAGGAAGACUUCCAGUGCGAAAUGGGUUCUACACCACCAAUGCUCAUGCUAGGAAUGCAUACACACCUCAGGAGAUAGUAGGAGGAAUAUCUGCGGAUGAGAUCCUGCUUCCAGAACUGCUCAAGAACAAAAACUAUGUCAGCAAGAUUGUUGGGAAGUGGCACCUUGGGCACAGAACUCAAUACUUACCUCUGAAGCAUGGCUUUGAUGAAUGGUUUGGUGCACCCAACUGCCAUUUUGGCCCCUACAAUGACAGCUCCCGUCCCAAUAUACCUGUCUACAACAACUCUGAAAUGAAGGGAAGGUAUUACGAGGAGUUUGAGAUUAAUGUGAAAACAGGCGAAUCCAACCUCACCCAACUCUAUUUGAAGGAAGGCUUGGAUUUUAUCUCUCAGCAAGCCAUGGCCCAGCGGCCCUUCUUUCUCUACUGGGCUCCGGAUGCAACCCAUGCCCCAGUGUACGCCUCUAAACCCUUCCUGGGAAAGAGUCAGAGGGGACGUUAUGGCGAUGCAGUGAUGGAGCUGGAUGACAGCAUUGGUCAGAUAAUGGCUCAUCUGGUCAGUCUGGACAUUCAAAACGACACUCUGGUGUUCUUUACCUCGGAUAAUGGAGCAGCACUGAUGUCUGGACCACUGCAAAGUGGCAGCAAUGGCCCAUUCCUCUGUGGGAAGGAGACUACAUUUGAAGGUGGGAUGAGGGAGCCAGCCAUUGCCUGGUGGCCUGGACGGAUUCCUGCUGGCACAGUGAGUCAUCAGUUGGCCAAUGUGAUGGAUCUUUUCAGCACCGGUCUUUCUGUGGCUGGAGUUUCUCCUCCCGAUGACCGUGUCAUUGAUGGUGUUGAUUUAAGUCCUGUCCUCUUCAACAGCUCACUGAUAGACAGACCCAUCUUCUAUUACCGUGGCAACCAGAUGAUGGCAGUACGGAUUGGUCAAUACAAGGCACACUAUUGGACAUGGAGCAACUCAAUGGAGGAAUUCAAGAAGGGUAUAAACUUCUGCCCUGGCCAGGAGGUUCCUGGUGUCACCACACACACUCAACAGGAGCACACCAUGCAGCCACUCAUCUUCCACCUGGGACGAGACCCUGGAGAGAGAUACCCGCUUAGUGUCCAGUGUAAGGAGUACCGGGAUGUUUUCAGUCGUGUGACCGCAGUGGUGAAGCAGCAUCAGAAGCUCUUGAUUCCCGGACAACCACAGCUCAACAUGUGUGACCUCGCUGUCAUGAACUGGACUCCACCUGGCUGUGAGCAGUUGGGCAAAUGUCUUAAAGCACCGGAAUCUCAGCCAUGGAAAUGUGACUGGCCACAUUAAUCUGUUUACUCAUAAGUACUUUUAUAAACAUGUCUCUAAAAUCAGAACUCAGUUCACAGAACACAUGGUUUUUAUGGCAUUUGUAUCUGUGUGUGCUUCUCACACAGGUGUUUAAUGAAGUGUUUUUACAUAGAAAAGGGAAACAAUUAAUUAAUACAAUAUUAUUAUUCCCCUUUUUUUUACG